AAUCCGCACCUUGAGCCACUUGCUUAGGUUUUCUCUCUUUUUUUUUAAUUUUAAUUUUAAUCUAAAUACUUUUAGCAGAGCAGCAAUUUGACAGUCCACUGUUGAUCUCUGGAGCUUUGACCAGCCACUUUCUGUCCCUCCCACUCAAAAAAAUUAGAAUAAUUAAUUUAAUGGGUUUUUCCAUUUCCAUUUGCUGUUUCUAAAUUUUGUGUCUUUCCUACUUUUGAUAUCUUUGGAGAAUUUUAGAGAGAGAAAGAAAGGAAAGCAAAGAAAGUGGAGAGAGAUUUGUCUGCGUCUCUCUCCUUCUCUCUCCUCCCAUCCCUCAACAGUUUGUAGUGGGGGAAUUCGAAGCGUGUGAAUUUUGAGGUAAGAAUCUUCCAUUUGCCUUUUCGUGUUUUUUAGAGAGAAAAAGUUGAUUUUAGAGAGAGAAAUGCAAUGUUACUGUGUAAUGGGCAGGUGUAAUUCUGGGCAGUUCUGGUAGUCAAACAUGUAAUGUAAGUGUUUGAUAUAUUUCCUCAGAGAGAAGAGAGAGAGAGAUGGGCAUGGUUGGAUUUUUGUGAGUCAUGGUGGAUCAGCGAAGCGUUGUAUCGUGUGCCUUCUUGUUGGUGGUGGUGGGGUUGCUGUUUGAGCCCACAUUUGAGCAGCCGAGCCAGCCGCCAAUGCCACUGGUUUCACCGGCUGAGCGGGCGGCGCUGCUGGAACUCAGAUCGUCUUUAGGGUUGAGAGGGAAAGACUGGCCGAUAAAGGCAGACCCUUGCUUCAUCUGGAAAGGUGUGGAAUGCCGGAAUGGUAGAGUUGUUGGGAUUAACAUUUCUGGGUUUAGAAGGACUCGACUUGGCAGUCGAAACCCACAAUUUUCUGUCAAUGCUUUGGCCAAUAUAACCCUUUUGCAGUCUUUCAAUGCUUCCAGUUUCCUGCUUCCGGGUUCGAUUCCCGACUGGUUUGGACAACAACUCAUGUCCCUACAAGUGCUUGAUCUCACUGCUUGUUCUGUGAUUGGUGCUAUUCCAUUGAGUCUGGGAAAUUCAACCAAUCUGACUGCUCUGUAUUUGUCUUAUAACAACCUUACUGGGACAAUUCCUGCUAGUUUGAGCCAGCUGCUAGGCCUUUCAGUUGUUGAUCUUUCGCAAAAUCGCCUUACUGGAUCCAUUCCUACAUCCUUUGGCAACCUUGGGAAUCUGUCUGUGCUUGACAUUUCUGGGAAUUACUUAUCGGGGUCGAUUUCUCCCGGCAUUGGGACCCUGUUGAAGCUUCAGUAUUUGAAUCUUUCAAACAACAUGUUGUCUGCUUCAAUACCUCCGCAACUUGGGGACCUUGGUAGCUUGGUUGACCUUGAUCUAAGUGCCAAUCUAUUGGCCGGUUCAGUGCCUUCUGAUUUGAGGGGGUUAAGGAACUUGCAGAAAAUGAUAGUUGCAGACAAUUUGCUGAGUGGGAUUUUGCCGGAUAAUCUGUUUCCAACACUGACGCAGUUGCAGGUCAUAGUUCUGAGAAACAAUGGUUUCACGGGUGGUCUUCCUAAUGUCCUGUGGUCAAUUCCCAAAUUGAGCCUUCUUGAUGUUUCUGGCAAUAAUUUCACUGGUAUGCUGCCCAAUUCUAGCUCGAAUGCUAAUGCCACUGCUGCAGUAUUCAAUAUUUCUCGGAAUCUGUUCUAUGGAGGUCUAACGCCUUUACUUGGAAGGUUCAGCGAUAUUGAUAUUUCGGGAAACUAUUUUGAAGGUGGUGUGCCAGGGUAUGUGGGCACAAAUGCAUCUCUUGGCAGCAAUUGCCUCCAAAAUGUGAAGAAUCAGAGGACAUUGAAAGAAUGCUCUUCGUUCUAUGCUGAUAGGGGUUUGGCUUUUGAUAAUUUUGGACAGCCAGAGUCUACACAACCACCUCUAGUAAAACCUCCUGGGAAGAGCAAUAAAAAGGUGAUCAUCUUGGCAGCAGUUUUAGGGGGAGUUGGUUUGAUUGUUCUUUUAGUGUUGUUUUGCGUGGUGCUACUCCUAUGUUUACGCAAGAGGGGAACAACAACUCAAAGAGGAGUUGACGUGGGGCUAGCUACUGCAGGCGGCAGUCCACCACCUCCAGGAGCACCGAUUAACUUUUCUAGUGUAGGAGAUGCUUUCACAUAUCAGCAGCUGCUUCAAGCCACGGGUGAAUUCAACAAUGCAAACUUGCUAAAAAAUGGCCACUCAGGGGAUCUCUUCAGGGGGGUCUUGGAAAAUGGGAUCCCUGUGGUCAUUAAACGGAUUGAUUUAUGCUCGAUUAAAAAGGAAGCAUACCUACAGGAAUUGGAUUUCUUUAGUAAGGUGUCACAUGCAAGAUUUGUUCCCCUUCUGGGACACUGUUUAGAGAAUGAGAAUGAGAAGUUCCUGGUCUACAAAUCUAUGCCAAAUGGAGACUUAUCGAAUUCCUUGUUCAAGAAAACCAGCACAGAGGAUGAUAGUUUACAGUCGUUGGAUUGGAUAACGAGAUUAAAGAUUGCAUUAGGCGGAGCAGAGGGUCUCUCCUAUCUGCAUCAUGAAUGCAAUCCCCCCUACGUGCACAGGGAUGUUCAAGCAAGUAGUAUACUUCUUGAUGAUAAAUUUGAAGUGCGGCUAGGGAGCCUGAGUGAUGUCUGUUCUCAAGAAGGGGACACUCAUCAAAGCAGGAUUACCAGGUUGCUGCGGUUGCCACAGUCAUCUGAACAUGGUGCUUCUGGUUCCCCAACAGCAGUGUGUGCCUAUGAUGUUUACUGUUUUGGGAAGGUGUUACUUGAACUCGUAACAGGUAAGUUGGGCAUAAGUGCUUCUAGUGACACCAACGUGAAGGAAUUGUUAGAUCAGAUACUACCAUACAUCAGUAUAUAUGAUAAAGAACUUGUGACAAAAAUUGUGGAUCCAUCACUGAUUGUGGAUGAGGACCUAUUAGAGGAAGUGUGGGCCAUGGCUGUUGUGGCCAGGUCCUGCCUAAAUCCGAAGCCCUCAAGGCGUCCCCUAAUGAGAUAUAUUCUCAAGGCUUUGGAAAACCCUUUGAAGGUGGUGAGGGAAGAUAGCUCUGGUUCUGCUAGGCUCAGAACAGCUUCUUCCAGAGGGUCUUGGAAUGCUGCUGUGUUUGGUAGCUGGCGCAGCUCAUCCGAGGUAGUGGUCAUCCCAGGAGCCUCAACUAUGAAAGGGGAAGGAGCAAGUGGCUUAAAACAUUCAGGAACCAGCGGUUCGCAGGGAAGUGGUCCGACAAAUGGUGGCGGGGAACAUUCAUCCUCACGCAGACGGCAUUCUAGGGAUAUAUGUCCGGAACCAUCUGGUGUACAUGAUGUAGAAAAACCUGACCAGGACUAGACAAUUCACCUUGAUUGUUCUUGAUUCUUUGUUAAUAACACAGCAGGCUUAUUUGAGUGCCUGUCUGUUGGUACCCCAGCAAAGCGCCUCUUGGUUUUGGAGUUGGGUGGCGUUUCAAGCCAAUUUUUGUAAAUGGGUGUGGUUCCAUGGUCCACAGAUCCUCAAGGAACACUGAUUGUGAAGUUGCAUCAAAAUUUCGAUCUUCGGGAUGGUGAAUUCAGCUUGAGGAUGAGAAGGAUCGGGGGGUGCCGUUGGCGGAUAGAGUUCAUAUUUGUUGGAAGGGCUACAAUUUUAUUUGUAAUUGAUUUGUUCUGUUCCUGUUCAGUUUCUGGUCAGUGUAAAUUGUAAUUGUUAAAGAUUUCUUCAUUCAAAUGAGAUUCUCACAUUUGGGUUUAGUAGGAAAACACAACACCAAAAAAGGAAUUGUGGAACAGAAGGUGAGCUUUUAUAUAUACCGAGACUUUUCAGUUCUACAUUUUC